UGUACUCAUAGAAAUUCAUUGGUGAUCAAAGCCCCAUCACACACAGAGAGAGAGAGAGAGAGAGAGAGGGGCAUGGGAAAAGGAGGGAUGUCACACGGUGGUGGAGAGGAAGAAGAAGAAGAGAACAAGGCAGCUUGGCUUCUUGGUCUCAAAACUCUUAAAAUUCAACCUUACAAUCUCCCUCCCAUUGGUCCCCACGAUGUUAAAGUCAGAAUGAAAGCUGUUGGCAUAUGUGGGAGUGAUGUUCAUCACUUCAAGCACAUGAGAUGUGGAAAUUUUAUUGUGAAGAAGCCUAUGGUAAUCGGGCACGAGUGUGCCGGUAUUAUAGAAGAAGUUGGCAGUGAAGUGAAGUCUCUGCAGGCAGGUGAUCGUGUAGCCCUAGAACCCGGUAUCAGUUGCAGGCAGUGUCAGUUUUGCAAGGGUGGUCGUUACAAUUUGUGCCGCCAAAUGAAGUUUUUUGGCUCUCCUCCAACUAAUGGUGCUCUAGCCAAUCUGGUGGUGCAUCCUGCAAAUCUAUGUUUUAAGCUACCGGACAACGUGAGCUUGGAAGAAGGGGCAAUGUGCGAACCCCUGAGUGUAGGCGUCCAUGCUUGUCACCGUGCUCAAGUGAGCCCACAGACAAAAAUUUUGAUCAUGGGAGCAGGACCCAUAGGCCUUGUAACAAUGCUUGCAGCUCGAGCUUUUGGAGCUCCAAAGAUUGUCAUCGUCGACAUAGAUGAUCAACGGUUAUCAUUUGCCAAACAUGUUGGUGCAGAUGAGGUCAUUCAAGUUUCAACAAACAUUCAGGAUGUGGGUGAGGAAGUAGUAAAGAUACAAAAUGCUGUGGGAGCCAAUGUGGAUGUGAGCUUUGAUUGUGUUGGCUUUAGCAAAACCAUGUCAGUUGCUUUGAAUGCGACUCGUGCUGGAGGUAAAGUUUGCCUUGUGGGAAUGGGCCAGAGUGAGAUGACACUCCCUCUUACACCAACCGCUGGAAGGGAGAUCGAUGUAAUUGGCAUAUUCCGAUAUAGGAACACUUGGCCGCUUUGCAUCGAGUUCCUGAGAUCUGGAAAGAUUGAUGUCAAGCCCCUCAUAACGCACAGGUUUGAGUUUAUUCAAGAGCAGGUUGAGGAAGCUUUCGAAACAAGUGCUCGUGGUGGUAAUGCCAUCAAGGUCAUGUUCAAUCUGUGAGUGUUCAGGAGAAAAAAAAAUGAUAUAUGCAGAUGUUGUAAGUUAAAAAAUUUAGAAUAAACAAUAAAAUUGAUGACAAAGAUGAUGAUCAACAUGAGAGAUGUAAUCUAUCAGUUAUCAGUUGUAAUCUAUCUGUUCAAAUUUACUAUAAUCAUCCUCGUACCAGAAA